GGGGGGAAGUUUACAGUGCGCUGACGGACUUUUGCAGAGUUCGGUGUUGUGCGCUCACGCUCAAAACCUCCACUGGAAGUGCACGACUCCAGACUAGUAUACAUGCAAAUACAGCUAAGACUCCAGCUUCUCUCUGAACACAUCAGGCUUCGUUUCCUCACAAGCUUGAAUUCGCUUAUCCUUGUGGCUAAAUCUCAGGAGUGAAAUGGAUGUCAUCCCUAUGUGUAGCAUCUUCCAGGAGCUCCAAAUUGUGCACGACACUGGAUACUUUUCAGCUUUACCAUCUCUGGAAGAGUAUUGGCAGCAGACAUGUCUCGAGCUGGAGAGAUACCUCCAGAGCGAGCCUUACGUCUCAGCCACAGACCUUAAAUUUGAGACCCAGGAAGACUUGUGGAGCAAGCUGCUGCUUGCCUGCGGGGACAAGUCAAGUGAGUCGGACCCAAAGAUCACCCACAUUAAGGAGGAGGAAGACAAUCAGGAUAGCCAGAACCAUGAUGCUGGUGGUUUCAACUCCGAUGCCAGCAGCGAGGCCUCGGACAGCUCAGAGGAGCUCUCCCCUACCCUCGACUUCACCUCCAGCUCUUUAACUGAUAUUCUGGCCGACAACGGCGAUGACGUGGCCUCUGGCAUCAUCAGCACACCACCAUCCUCACCUGAGCUCGGCAAGGAGGGCUCUGUAGCCCAGACGUGGAUUGGGAUACAGACAGUGAUGCAUUCAACAGGGAAAAUAAGGGCUGGGGGCAUGGAGAGGAGCCUGGAAAGGUCAGGUCUGACCAGCGGGGAGGCAUCACCUGACGGGAGGAGGCGUGUGCACAGGUGUCACUUCAACGGAUGCAGGAAGGUGUACACCAAGAGCUCGCACCUCAAAGCACACCAGCGGACACACACAGGCGAGAAGCCUUACAGGUGUUCAUGGGAAGGCUGCGAGUGGCGCUUUGCACGAAGCGAUGAACUCACCAGACACUUCAGGAAGCACACUGGAGCAAAGCCAUUUAAAUGCAGUCACUGCGACAGGUGUUUCUCCCGUUCUGACCACCUGGCGCUGCACAUGAAGAGGCACAUCUAAGAUGGUCUUCAUGUUGAGAGCUCUGAGGGAUGAUUCGGGUUAAUUGUCCUGACCUGUGGAGAUCAGCGAGGCUGGUGUGUCCUGGGAGCGUUAACAGGGGCACCGUCGUGUUCCAGUCAGUGGAAAAACAUGAAGCAACGCAGGCUAUUAUUUGCACCAUACUUAGUGCCUCCAACACCUCGCUGUGGUGAUUGCUCUUGAAAGGCUUUUAUGGAGGAGCAGGAGGGCAAAAAGAGACUCCAAUAUGGGAAAGAUCUAGGCUGGAGAAGAUGGGAAGAGACUCUUCUGUAUGGUGUUCAACGCUUUAUUCCUGGAGAAAUUUGGGACUCCAGGGGUUGGGGUGCCAUUCCUCCACUGACAGUGUGUUUGCCUGUGCGCAUGGGGACUGUGAGUGCCUGCAACUGGAUGCCUGUGCUGGCUUUAUGGAGUGGAUGGAGCUUGCAUUGUGGAACUGCGAGUGAAUGACAUAGCAAGGGUGAUGUUAUACUCGGGAGGUUUAUUUUUCUUUUUGAGGGAGGGUUAUGUGUUGUCUCUCUAAGAAUGAAUGCAAGCAAAAAGUUCUGUCUGUCAUGACUGAUUCUGUCAGCUGUGGAGAGGAGUAGGGGGGUAGUUUAGUGGGGCUGAUUGGAUAGAGAUUGCCCCCUUUCUGCCUGGAGGUGAAACUACAGCUCCCUGUCUAAAAAUGGGAGGUUGUUUUGUUUAGUGCAGCUAUUAAAUGUGCAAUGUAUUACGUAGCCUGUCUCAAAACAUACACGCUAUAAAGCUCAUUUUGUUUUCCACUGUGUAAGCUUUGUAUCUUAAAAGGAAAAAAACAAAAACAACAACAAUUGUGCACAGUUAUUGCCAUUAUAUCAGAAGUUGCAUGGGAUCUGGGGAUGUGUUGCUCACCUUAUAGGACAACAAAAUUCCAUUCAAGAGCAGCUACCUUCAUAAUACUCAGUAUCAUAGUAUUGUACAAAACACAUAAGGCAGUCAUUUUGUUUUGCCAUAUUUUUCUUUCAUUCUCUUUAUAAAUUGGGGAUACCACUGUUUGCAAAUAUUUUGAUUGUGGGAUUUUUCUUCCUUUUUCUUCACUUUUGCUUUUCUCUUUUGUUCUGUCUGUAAAUGCACUGUUGACCUUACCGAUGCCUUAUGUAAGUGGCCUUGUCCUGUUGAAUAGAUCACUCUGUUAUACAUACACACAUACACCAAAUGACCAUUGCGAAUGCAGUUGUGCGUUAUUGAAUAGCUUUAUAAAGGCUCUGAUCCAUACAGUUGCACCUUUUGCCCUUUUCCCUUGCGACAAACUCCUCUAAACUCUUGAAUAUUAAAACAAAAGUAACUAUAUCAGCUUCAUAAUGACUGCCAUUUACACGUCUGUGUUAAAUAUAUCAUAGAUAUUUCAGAACUAAAUCAUAGUCUUCAAAAUUAUCCAGAUCUGAGACAGAAUUGUGGAGAACUUGGAAAAGCAAUUCACUUUUAUAUUGAUUUACUACUAUGUAGUAUACGAUUGCGUGGAUGCACUUCAGAUUAACUGUAACUUGCUGUCAAAGGUACAGAGUCUUGGAAGCACGUUCUCAUGAAAUGUUGUGUGGUCAGCCACCGAGAGUGGCAAAUCAAGAUUUACUGCAAAGGCAACAUUUACAUUGGGUCCAUUAUGUCAAGCAUAUACUCUCAAAAGCAAAGGAUGACUCAUUUAAAGUAGGCUAAUGACCACAUUCUCAGUCACGAGAGUGGUUUGAUAUUGGAUGUUUCGGGAAGUCUCACCUCCAAGGUGAGUCAGUGUCUUUACUCAGUUCUAGUUUUAACAGCCCACAAUCUGACUUUACGGUACAAAAAACCAGUCCAACCAGUUCAGCUGAGCUGUGUUUCAGAGCUAGAGGUCUGUGCUGGUAACCUAAGCUGAGACAAGGACAAGCUGUUUGUACCAACUUCACUAUGUUCAUGUUUCAACAUGGGUAACAUGACUUCGUCACACUUCUCAGUGAGCUGAAACAAAAAAA